AACUUAUUAAAUAGAUUAAUAUUUGCGAAAACACAGUCAGACAGUCUGUGAGACUGAGUAAUCAAGAUGGGGAAGAUAGUUAGAGUGAGUAAUGUCUCCCACUCAACCAGUCUCUACCAGCUGGAGAAGUUUUUCAACUACAUCGGACAGAUUGAAGACAUCAAAAUAUACCCGUCAGAGAAAUCCCCAAUUCCGGUUGAUGCGAAAAUCUGUUUUGUGAAGUACAAAAACAGUGAUGAGGCGUAUGUGGCAUCUCUGCUGAAUGGAUCUACACUGAUAGACAAGAUGCUGGUGGUUUCUCUUUUCCCUGAAGAUCGUAUCCCUUCAGAAGAGCGGGGCUUAGAGAUGGCAGGAGCACAUACCAUACAACCAAUCCCAGUUCCAGGCACCGUGCAGAUGGUGAACCCUCCUUUCGACCCAGACCUGGCCCAACUGGGUCUAUCACAGCCUCCGCCCCUACCCGCCAGUCUAGACCCAGUCACCGUGGAGAAGAUCCGCAGAACAGUCUAUGUCAGAAACCUAAACCCAGCGACGAGCGGUGAGGUGCUUGUGGAAUAUUUUAGUCAAGUCGGCUCUGUCAACUACGUGGCCAUAGCAAUGGCCGACUCACAGGACAGCUUCGACGAGCAGUGUGCUGCCUAUAUUGAGUUCUCAGAUAAAGCCAGCGUUAUUCCCGCUCUGAAGAUGAGCGGAACCGAAUACAACUCCCGCAAAAUCACUGUGAACCACUCGGGCACCCAGGUAGACGCACCUCUGUUCCCCACCAAUGAGGUUGCCAGGUCAGAGCUGAAGCUAGCUGCUAAACAGUACAAGGACGCAGAAUUCAUAAUACGUGUUUUCAUCGAACCAGACAAGGCAUCAGUUCCACGCAGUAGGAGUCCAUCGCCCCUCAUGAGGAACAAGUCGCUGUCCUUGAAGAAAGAACGAGCGGACAGUCGGGGCAGGUCCAGCAAGUCCAGAUUGCGAUCAAAAUCACCUGGUAGGUCAAGCAAGAAGAGAUCCAGCUCCAGGAAGAAAUCCUCUCGACAUUCAUCUAGAUAUCGCUCCAGAUCUAAGAAAAGGAGGUCCAGAUCGCGUGACAGGGAGAAGUCGUCCAAAAGAUCGUCCAAGGACGACAAACGGUCGAAAAGGUCAAGGUCGAGAAAAGCAAGUUCGAAGCGGGAAAGAAAGAAAUCAACUUCAAAAACGAAUCGCAAGAAGGAAGAAGACAGAGUUGGAAGUAAAAGUGAGCGAAAGGAAAAGGAACGAAGAGAAAAGGAGGAGAGUAGCAGACAUGGACAUGGGAAGAGUAGUAAAGAGGAGAAGUCGGAGAAGAAACGGAAGCGAUCUGGAUCCAGGAAGAGAUCGUCUUCUCGAUCAAAGAAGAGCAAGCGGUCAAGAAGCAGAGAACGGAAAGAAAAGGACAAGGGAAAAGACUCAGCGAAUGGCCAUAUAAAAGAAGAAUUAAAUAAAGCAGAGCAAGACAGCCAGCAAAAACUCAACGAGUCUAACAUCGACGAAAAUUCUAAAACUGACACACGCAGUCAUGAUUCAAAGCAUGAAAGCAAGCAAAAUGAUGGCCACAAUCAUGUUAACGGCAAUGGAAUCCAAGAGGAUACUUCAUCAGAGAAAGCCCAAAUUAAAGUUGAAGAAGUAGCUAAUUGAUUUUUAACUUGCGACACAGAAUUUCUCAUUUUCGUUUUCGAUACUUCCGUUUUUUUGAAAGUAUAUUUUCAAUUUGAAAGAGGUGAUCUGCACUAAAUAGCGCAAUGCAUUGCAUGAAAUUAUUAUGACGUGUUUUUCGUAAGUUCCGGAAGAAUAUACAGAAUAAACUUUUGUGAUCAUUAUGUUGCCAAUGGUGUACGAUCCUGUGUUUUAAAACUCAAAAGUCUGUUUCUGUUAAAUUUAAUGUUUUAUUGCUA